ACGCCGAAUGAGUACCCCCACCCAAAGGACUGGUCGAUUUCUUCUCUUGACUGGGGUUGUCCGAAGGGGAAAAGAUUUGAGGAAAUUCAAUAUUCCUAUGAAUAUUUUAUGAAGUAUAUAUUGUUAAACUUUCGCGUUCGAUAAAUCAGUGCAUAUGAGCGCGCUCGAACCGGGUUGAGGUGUUUAACAUCUACGUUAGAUCAAAGGUGGUUGAAAUCUCACGCAGACGAUAUUUGGUUUUCGUUGUAAGCGACAUAACUUUGAAGGUCUUUCUCAUCGAAUGUGACCCAGAUAUAAGAGUUUGCGAAUUGUCCCCUCUAGAGGCUCCUUUAUCUGGACAUUACUUGUAAUCCUUCUUUCUUUCUGAUGCAAAUGAAGCGUAUCGUCCUCAUUCCCCCAUGUUUUUAGCGUCCUUCGCUACGUUGUAGAGUCACCUAAGCGAUUGCGGUAAUAUUGUCGUGGUUGCUAAGCGAUUACUUAGCAACGCACCCGAUUCUCCCAAACAUUCAGCCACCGAGAGUGAAGACGCCCGAACGAACCAAGACCGACCGGGGAGGCGACACUGUCUGUACAACUCCGAGCGACGACACAAGGAAUUUUAUUCAACGCCAACUGCCAAACCGAAUAAAACACGGAAUAACUCACCUUUCUCAACGGAAAUAGUAGCAAGGAAACGAAAUAUCAAAAAUGGCCAGUCUUACUGAGUUGACGUUUCUCUUUGUUGCCCUCAUCUGUUUAUUGACAACAGGAUAUUGUCAAGACGACGGAUCAGGGGAUGGCUCUGGAACGGAAUCCAUGUUCACUGACGUCACUGAGGUCGUCACCGAAGUGGUGACUGAUGGCGAGUCAGACCCAUCAGAUAUUCAGGCAUUCGGUCUCGUCAUCACUAACAGCUUCAGCGAGUUCACACUGGAUGUCGACAACAUCGUCACCUACAACGUCACCAUCAAGAACGCCGGAGGAACCGACAUCACAGCCACCAGCUCCGACCUCUACAGCCUCCUCAUCGUGGUCAGCGAUAACGCCGACCCGACGUCAAGCAGCGCGACAACCCAGGAUAUCACACCUCUGCUGACGUCAGCCACCAACCUCGAUGCCGGGAUCGUUGCCGGAGGAUCUAUCGUCAUCGAAAACGUCCACACCAUGAUCAACGUCGCUUCCGAAGAUUGCUCAUCCUACGAAAAUGGCUACGUUUGUAUCGAGAUCUCAAAGGCUUCGGGAGCUUCUUACACUGAUGACAGUUCAACCAAUAACUACUAUUGUCUAAGCUUUGGUGAUGUUGCAGAAGGGUACACUGGUACGCUGGAAUGUUCAGGAUGUGUGGCUAGAAUCAGCUUUAUCGCUCUCCUUGUAUCAACGUUGCUGGCGUACUUAACUUCAUCGUAGAUGAUACUGGACUUGCACAGAUAAAAACUCAUGAACAAUAUUCGAACAUGAAUUAGGCUAGCCCUGAAUUAGCGUUUCCAUUCUCCAAAUGACGGCCUCUUAUCAAAUUCAAAACUUCUUCGUCCGCCCACGACGUCACCGGUGGGUUAGCUCGGCCUUGCAUUGGAAUGAAACUGAAGACAGGGCUGCUGUAUUGCUGUUCGUCUAUUUCUCAAGAUGUCCGUCCAUCGCCGCGAGAGCAGCGAAUUCGAAAGGUUAUGACAGCAUGCAAUAUAGCCAAAGGGAUGCCUUAUCGUUGUCACAUGGUACAAGGGCUGAAAAUGAAGAAAGAAUGAACGCCGAUCUGACUCCUUGACAAUUGUCACGGACUAAGAAUAUUCGUGCUGGUUCGUAAUUGAUAUUGAAGUUUUAAAAAGUGAAAUCAAUACAGGGCUCGGCAUUUAAUUUUACGAGAGAUGCUUUCAUUUCAUCUACACUUUUUUAACAUCGAUUACUAAAAAAAGACCAAUUAUGAAAAUAAAUGAUAUAUAUAUAUAUAUAUAUAUUCUCCUCUAUUACGAAUUCCAAAUUACCCUUAGAUCUAAGCUCCCACGCAUCUUGUCCGUCAGAUAUUUACUAAACAUAUUAUUGAUAAAAACUCAAGUUCGGUAUUAAAGAUGAACAAUAAAUGGAAUGUGAUUUUUUUUUUCAGUCACCAAAUAUAAUCAAGUUUAUUCGCCCUUUUUUGUAUUCUUAGGGAAUCGCUGAGCCCUGUCUAACAUAGCGACAUGUAAUGUUCGAUUUAUGCUAAAUGAGCACAAAUUUUCGGCCUCUUGUUAAUGUUGAUUUCAUUUCUAUUUGAUAAAAUAAUUUCUCAUGUCGAAAAUUCAUCGGAAUGUUUGAAACCUUUCACCCCAAAGUUCUACAGAUAGUGAAAAAGUGAAAUUAUGUUAGAUUUCGUGGAGGCUUGUUACUAGCACAGAUUUUAAAAAAUCCGAUUUUUAAAAUAGAUAACCUUCUGUAUUGGACAUUAUUUGUAGAGAUGCAGAGCUGUUAAUUUAUUCUGUAUUUUUCUAAUUACCAUUGUCAGACCUGUUCAAAUGCAAUAAAUAGGUAUUUUGAUCGUAGGAAUGAAUCUUGAUACAUUUUUGUAAAGAAUCGGCAAGUACUUGAAUGAGAUGUCGUUACAUUCCAAUUAAAUAAAUAUUUUUUAAAUCCAUCAUGGAUUCCUUUUAUCGGUGAGAAUUGUAAGCAUGUUGUGUCAAAUGUUUGCCAGCGCACCAUGACUAUUUAAUAAUUUUCACUGAAAUGUAUGUGCUUUGCUAGAAAUUCACAAUUAUGAUUAUAGUCGAAACCCUUAUGUCUUUCGCAUCCACUUCAUUUUUUAAGACUUUCUUUAAAAAAAAUAUAAAUGUUUUUCUUUAAUUUUUAAUUGAUGAUAUUCCACACAUGGUGUAUUUUUUAUUAAUUGGGAAGUGGUUCAUUAUUUUGCGUGUGUGAUGAUGUACAGUGUAAAUAAUUGCAACGAAAUUGUAAAUAUAUAUAUUAUUUUAUCUUUGUAUAAAAUGAGCUAUGAACUAAAUUCAACGAACAUGCCCAUAGCACUGUUAUGCAACUAGUAAUAAGGAUGUUAUUUCCGUCGUGGCGUGAGAGCACGAUUUCAAUAUAAAUUUGAAACCAAAAAUUGAAAAUAUCAUCUCUAUAUUUUUGUAUUGCAUUGUGAUAAGUAUUGAUAGUUGUAAUAUUUUAUUGUCCCUUAAAUCUAUCUUAUAAACUGCUGGGAAUGACUGCUUGAUCAUAAUGAAAUCUAGCAAGCAUGAUUGAGCAGAAUUAUAUAUUUUUUUUAAGACCCGGACGAGGGUAACAUACAAUUUUCAAACUAAUGAAAGUUAACGUGUCUUUAAUCUUCGAAAAUUGCGUUUAGAUUGAAAACGGAAGACAUAUGUUCAUUUCAGUGUUCUAGCUACAGCCUUAUUAGUGAUAGCUGAUAUACUAUAAAGAUUCAUGGGCAAUAAAUAGCUGAAUGUCUACAAAGUAA